CCAUUGCUCAAGUUGCCCUUCAAACCAACAGACACAGAAUAAUUCCGCAAUGAAAGUCAGCAUGGGCAGUUUUCGCCAUGUUUUCGCUGGAUACUGUUGCCAUGACAGCUUUGAUGGGGAUGUAUGGGUUAUUGCAUGUUUGUUUGGACAGAGGUUAUGCUGGAUACCUUCUUUAGGAUCCCAAAGAUAAACUGAAAAACAACAACCAAGGCCAGUAGGGCGAUUUUGGGAGGCUUUUGUCUGCCUACAAAGAAGUAACGAGAGCCACCAACGAGCCGCUGUUAACCAGGCGGCUGCAGAGAGACCACGGGGAAAUACAGUGUACGGAGCCAGCAUAUUUUUUAGCCUGUGAAUUAAUUGGGAUUUAUUUAGACAAAAACAGAAGUGAUGAUUGUUGGAACAGAGAAAAGACAAACUAAGUCGGAUUUGCUCCUGUAGCAUCUGCUUUGAGUGCUCGCUACAGCCAUCGCUCUGUAGUAAUAAUGGGAGGACUGAUGUGCGGCGUAGGAGUCGUGUUUGGGUCUUUUGCUCGUAACCUGAAUGAACUCUACUUGACAGUGGGGUUGCUGAAUGGUUUUGGCUAUGCAAUGACUUGGCCUCCCACAGUGACCAUGCUGGGCUUGUACUUUGAGAAGAGGCGCCCAGUGGCAAACGCCUUAGCCAGCUCUGGAGAGUGCAUCCUUACCUUUGUCCUCACACCCCUAUUCCAGUUGUUGAUUGACAGCUACUCCUGGAGGGGUGCUUUGCUAAUCCUGGGGGGUCUGCAGCUUAACCUCUGUGUGUGUGGGAUGUUGCUGAGGCCCCUAAAGACCACCAGAUACGUGAUCUGUGAGGACAAAGCAGAGGAAGAAGGCUUGUCCCUGGAAUUGCUACCAAAAGACGACUUGGAGCAGAGUAAACCAAGGUUGCUAGAUGCAGAGGAGCUGAGAGUAUCGAAUCACGGGACAAUAAAGGCAUUUCUUGAGGACCCUGAAGAAAUACCCAAUUCGACCAUGAAAGUACAAGACUCAUACAACAGGAAUAAGAGGGCUGAACUAAGAACCAAAAUCCUUCGCUACGUAGACUAUACCCUCAUCACCAAUGCCAAAUUUAUGGUUUACUCAAUGUUUGGGGUGUUUGCUGCACUGGGUUUCUUUGCCCCAGCUCUGUUCCUGAUUCCAUAUGCUCGUAGUAAGGGGAUUGAGGAGUACCAGGCAGCAGCACUCAUGUCCAUCUCUGCAGUGUUGGACCUGUUUGGAAGAGUGUUCUUUGGCUGGUUGGCAAACUUGAGACUGGUGGAGAUGGUGCUGCAGCUGACAGCAACAAUGAUUCUGUUGGGUACUGUAUUACUCCUCUGCCCGCUGGCCUCUUCUUACUUAGAGCUGGCUGCUUUCAGCGCAGCUUAUGGCCUGAUGUACGGUGCAGCGGUCGCAAUCCACAUCACCAUGCUGGCUGAGAUUGUGGGCGUCAAUAGGCUUGGAAGUGCGCUGGGGUUCUUCUUGCUCAUACGCAGUAGCGGAGGCCUACUUGGACCGCCCAUUGCUGGGUUCUUUAUUGACAAGAUGAGUGAUUACGGAACAGGUUUCCUCAUGGCAGGAGUGUCUCUCAUCGUCUCUGCUCUGUUCCUGCUCCUCCUCCAUCAGAUGAACCGCAGGGGUCAGGGGUCGUCCACCAACAACCACCAUAUGCACACAGACAAUAUCGGACAAAGCUGCAGAGAUGAAGCCAAAGGCUGAGGGACUGUACAAAAUUAUUAAAGGCUGGUGGAAGGGGGGGGGGGGAUUCAAAGUAGGCAUCAUUAUUAUUAUUAUUAUUUUAAAUGUUACUGAGAGGAUCCCAGCUUCCUUAAUGUGUUUCACAUUGCAUUUAAAAGCAACUUCCCUUAUUCGUGAAACAAGAGCUGACUGGUUGUGUAGCAGUCUUGUUUUAAACGUAGAGAUUGGCUGGAACACUCUCUACAUUCUCUCUGAACUUUAAACUUUGGAAAAAAUGUUUGAAGUUACGAAAUUCCUCCUUAAGAGGAUCACAGCAGGUCCCACCUCCCUGUUCUUUCAUACAAAAUGUACAUUAUUGCAUAUGUAAUGCAGCAAGUUUUUUUCCCACAAAUAUGUCUAUUACUCAUGUUGUUUGAUGUCUGUAUUGGUUGGUUUUUAUUACAAUAGUCAAAGUAUUAGGGUACUUCAUCUGAAAUUCUUUAUUCCUUUUUUAAGUUUUUGUCCUUGAAAGAGAUUUACUGUUGUAUUAAAUUAUGAUAAUGGUGGUUUUGCAGUAUUUUCUAAAUGAAAGGGCAAAUAACAAUAUUAAUGCAAGUGAAGGGUCUUGUUUUGUUUUUGUUAACUCUAGUUUCUACUUAAUAUUCAGUACCUUGUCACAACUGAUCGGGCACUUCAAUUUGUGAGUAAUAUAUGAAAAGCAAAAACAUAAUAUAGGGGGAACGAGGAAACUCUUGUGGGAAAAGGUAAUGAUAGCCAAAAAAAAAAGUCAUUGCUUUAUUCACUGAGUCCAAGCUGUGAACCAAUGUUGGGUCUUGUAUUUUUUUAAACGUGAAACACAAAGUUUAACCCUCCUCCCUUUACCUUGCACAGCAGCUGGAUUCUCAAGUAUCACACGAAAAUCCAUCUUGUCAGGCUUCAAAUCAAGUGUUUGUGUCUGACCUGUCAGCUUUCAACAAGUCACCGUCUGGCAAGGAGCUAUUGGCAGCUACACUCAUGGUUUAGGUGUGUGUGACAGCCCCAACGCAAAUUUGCUCAAACGUAAUAGACAGAUGGUUCAUCCAAUCACCUGCCAAUUUUUUUUUUUUUUUUUUUUUUUUAAGUGCCGGCCUUUUUCCAAAGAGUUUCCAAUGAAUGCUUCUAAGAUGCUUCUGUGUAAGGAACCAUCUGGCGCCUCAGGUUACUCCUCCCUGUCCCGGUCAUUUCUGUACAGUCCCUACAGUGUUAAUAUUGAUAUUAAUAUUGAAGUCCCUUUUUGAAAUGCACUAAACUGUAGUAACAUAAAUAAACUGCAGAUACGGUUUACUUAUGUCAGGAAUGCGUCAAUCGUAGAUUCUAAUGAAUUUGAAUGGAUUUUGAUCAAAGUCACAAGUUCACAAAUUGAUUCAAAAAGCAAAUGAAUGUGUAGUGCAUACAGUAUACUAUCUUAAAGUCAUACUUUGUUA